UAGAAAACAAAAGCUCGAGGACACAUGAGGAAGUGAGAGCCGAGGACACAUCUGGAAUCACGUGUGAUCAAAUCAUCUGGAUCCAGAGGAAGAUUAAUCAGGACUGAUGGAGCCUCCUCUUCAUCGUCUGCAGCCUCCUCUUCAUCAUCUGCAGCCUCCUCUUCAUCAUCUGCAGCCUCCACUGUCUCCUCCUCAUCCAGGGUUUUAAAUACUCUUCAUCCCGUUCAUCUCUGUCUGUAAUUAUCAGAAACAGUGAAUUGAUUUUAUUUGUUCUGACGUCAGAUUGAAGAUUAAACUCGGAGCCUCGAUCAUCCUCCGUUCAUUCAGUGACGACGACAGGAUGAACUGUUGUGAAGCCUCAGUUUGACAUCUCGUGCAGCGCCACCUUGGUUUUUUGAAACCAGAAGUAACCAUAUUUGGAUGAGCAGGGGGUGGAGCCUGACUGAGAGCUCGAGGACACGCCCAUCUACACCUGCCACCUGCGCGCAUUGGACGGUACUAGCUGUCAAUCACUCUGUCGUAUCCCCCCCACCCCCUACACCCGGAGCUGUCUGGUCUGUUUGACUCUAAAUGAUCUUAACUGACUAAAUGAUCUCAGCUGUUUGAAGACGACUUGGAACUCGAGAUCGAGAAACUUAUAAACUUAUAAAAUAUAAACUCAAAAGUCUCACCUGGUAAACGUCUGCGUGACCUACGACCUCAACGUGCGCUCGGGUCCAGCCCACUUUAAAAUCACUUGCUGUUGUGAUGCUGGACGUCGUGAAGAUGAAGGAGUCGUGUCGUAUCUGCGCCCGCGAGCUCUGUGGCAACCAACGCCGAUGGAUUUUCCACCCGGCGGCGAAACUCAACCUGCAGGUGCUGCUGUCCCACGCCGUGGGCCGCGAGCUGACCCGGGACGGCCGUGGGGAGUUCGCCUGCUCCAAGUGCGCCUUCAUGCUGGACCGCAUGUACCGCUUCGACACGGUGAUCGCCCGAGUGGAGGCCCUGUCCCUGGAGCGCCUCCACAAGCUGCUGCUGGAAAAAUAUCGUCUGCGGCAGUGUAUCGGAGGCUUGUACCGGAAGAACAACACAGACGAUGGGAGCGCGGCUCCGCCCGGGUCCAGUAUGGAGGUAGCAGGGACAGAUGUGGGGACUGAAGACACCCCUGUGGUGGAUCUAUCAGUCCUCCAGGACGUGAGAUACUCGGAUAUGAUUCAGGAUGAUCUGGCGUUCUCUGUCUAUGAGUCAUGGGCUGAUAAGGGGGACCCUACCCUCGACCAACCCCACCAUGUCCACCACUGCCACGGAGGAGACGCCCUGUCUGGCCAGAAGCCGAGGAGAUGCAGGGGUUGUGCUGCACUCCGUGUCGCAGAUUCUGACUAUGAGGCGGUGUGUAAGGUGCCUCGCAGUCUUGGUCGAAGGAGCACAUCAUGUGGGCCAUCUACCCGCUACUCAACCGGCGCUCUAGACGUUGAAGACCCCAUCAGAUCCUCUGAAGAAUCUGCAUCUACGACCCUGGAGCUAGAGUCUCCUUCGGCUGCGCUGGACGCUGAUAAGACCGUGUUUGACCAGACGAGUACAAGUCCCGCGUCCUCUGUCGAAUCUCUCGACACGGCCGUGGACGUGAGCUGCCCUCUUCCAAAUCACAAAGGGAGGGAAGAAAUGGAGCUCGAGAGAGAUCCAGAGGUUUCUCCAGCCAGAAGGGAAACUCCGUGGGACAACCCCCCAAGUGAGAGCUCGCUCUCUGGGCUUGAGAUGAUGCUUUGCCUCCUGAGGGGCUGGGAGUAUCGGCCAGUGAAGCCUCAAAGAGGCAGCAAGCUCCCAGUUCUUGUCAAGGCCAAACUGGAAAAGAGCCUCUCGCUGCAUCCGUCCAUCUCGCUGAGGUCACCCUGCAGGGGGGCGGGCGACAGUGAACUUUACCCCCACCAACCAAUUCCAGAGGUUGUGACCUCGUGUCCGGAGCCGGACCUGCAGGCGGAGCUGGCAGAGAUGGAGGAGCAGUGGUUGGAUGAUUAUGUUCAGUGCAGGCCGUUCCGCUUUCAGCAGCGGCUGAUCGAUGAGCAGCAGGAUCAGCUGAGUCACUACGAGAGCGCCGCAGGUCAGUGUGUGGGCGAGCUGCAGAAGGCCCAGGACCAGGUCCGCUCGCUGCAGAAAAAGAUCCGAGAGAGCGAGACCAGGAACCAGAAGCUGCAACUGCGUCUCGGUGAGAUGGAGCUGGAACUGCGGUCGGCUCGAGAGGAAGCUCAGCAGCAGGAGAGAAACAUCCAGAACAUCAGUGAUAACUUCAGCUCCAAGGAGGCAGAGGCUGCAGACCUGUACCAGGUGAUUGAGGAGCAGAAUAAGAUGCUGUGUUCUCUCAAAGAACUCACGAACCGCCAGCAGCUGCAGCAGCUGCAGUCGUCGGGGGCGGAGAGUGUUCGAGGUCAGGGGGAGGUUCUGGCUCUGCAGGCCUCGCUCUUCCAGGCUCAGCUGGAGUUUCAGGCCGGCGAGCGAGCGCAGCGGCAGGCGGCCAGAACGCGGGAGGACCUGACCCGAGCCCUGCAGAGGCUGGAGAAAGACCUGCAGGGGGCGCUGCAGCACAGGAGGGAGACUGAGCGGCACAACCAGGAGCUGCAGUCGGCUCUGGACAGGGCUCGAUCGGCCCUGCAGGAGAGAGAGGAGCAGCUGAGAGAGGGCGAGCAAGAGAGGGAGAGGGAGAAGGAGGAGAGAGAGGCGACCAUCAGAGAGAUGACCACGUCGCUUCAGACCAAAGAUCAGCUGCUGGAGGAAUACUGCACGCUGCUGGACGAUCAUUCGAACGAGAAGAGAAACUCUCAGCUUCACAAACUCCGGCAGCGAGUCAGAGAACGAGAUCGAGCUCUGGAGCGAGCGGUGGACGAGAAGUUUCGCUGUGUGGAAGAGAAAGACGAGGAGACUCGACGUCUUAAGCUCCUGCUCAGAGAGAAGGAGAGAGACCUGGAGAGACAACGCUGCGUCCUGGUCAACAACGAGGAGACCAUCACUAGCCUGGAGCUGCUGCUGCGUGGUAAAGCCGUGGAGCUGGAGCAGGUGUGUGACGCCUGGCGCAACGUUCAGCGGCAGCAGCAGGAGAGCGAGGAGAGGCAGAGUCGGUCCCUGAGGGAGCGAGACGCCAUCAUCGGGCAGCUGCAGGCGGCGCUGCUCGCUCGCACGCAGGAGGCGCAGGAUCUGCGCUGCUCCCUGCUGGCUCAGGUCCACUCGGCUCCCAGCGACGUUCUGGAGGAGCUGAAAGUCCGCCUCCAGCUCAAAGACCGCCUCUUCCAGGAAGUGCUCGCCGAUCGGACCCGUCAGGCCCAGGAGCACCAGGACCAGGUCCAGGCUCUGCUCACAUCCAUCAGCUCCAGGGACCAGUACAUCCAGGACGCUGCGCGGCAGCUCGGUGAGGUGAUGACCGAGCAGACGUCCAGACUCCAGGAGCUCCGCAAACAGCUGAGCUCAGGACCCGACUCCGGAACAGACUCGGCCGUGGAGCUGCAGGAGGAGCUGCGUCUGGCCCUGAGGAGGGAGAAGGAGAACCAGGAGCUGAGCAGGAGUCAGACGGCGAGGCUGGACGCCCUCAGCAGGACGCUGCUGGUGAAGGAGGAGCUUAUCAGGAACUUCCAGAGGCAGAUGGAGGACCCCUCAGGCCUCCCGCUGGUCGAGCGACUGACGCAGGAGGUCCAGGAGCUGAGGGACAGCCUGGUCCAGAGGGACGGCGUCGCAGCCGGCGGCGCCCUCCUCCUGGGCCGUGAGCGGCCCAACGGCAGGCAGCCUGAGUUUGGAGGUGGGCAUCAGAGAAGCAUGGGACAGUAUUUGUAACGGCAACUCCCCCUGCAGCUGGAGGCGGGGACUAUGGUGGCGGUGGUCUGCGUGGAGUGACUCGCUGCGGUGGCGCUCUUUGAUUUCCCACUAACACUGAACAUGUUGUAACCACGGUGAUGUCGAUGGUUGUCGAGCAAGUGUGACGUUUGGCUUCUAACCUGAAACUCGUCUCGGUGCGUGUCCGUCACGCUUCUUCACACGUUUCAUGAAUGAGAUUCACUUUUAUGAGCUUUUUUGUGAGGAAACCUCACGUUUCUGUCUCCAACGUCAUCAGAGGCAGAAAAAGUCACAGGAACAGAAACAAAACGUUCAGUGAAGUUCUGACUCGUUAACAUUAAACUGUAGAGACGGUUCAGACGCUUCAGUGGUUUCAGGUUUCUACACGAUGCCUGGUUGUGGUUCCGAACAGAAGCAUCAACGAAAACAUCUUCUAAACAAGGAGACACACAAAAAAAAAGAGAAAGAGAAUGAACCAAUUAUCAAAAUUCAUCUCGGAUCUGAUUAGUUUCACUGGUUUAGUUACAUUUGUGUGUUUUAUUUUGUAAACUAAACAUAUUUGAAUUCAUUUUAGGACAAAUUAUUUUAAAUCUCUGAACAACUUUCAAUUAUUAUAAAUUACUUGAAGCUUUGUUAAAUAUUGUGACUUUGUAUGAAGGUGAACAAACAUCAGUGUGUGUGUGUGUGUGUGUGUGUGUGUGUGUGUGUGUGUGUGUCUUUGCAUGAUCAGCAGCACUAACGAGCCUUUUUCUU